AUGACGGUUGCUCUGGAUGCUGCCUCAUGUCUUGCAUUAGUUUUACAUCAUCUGGCCGCUGGCUUCGUCCCUCGUUAUUGUUCCAUGUUUCCCCUCGUUUCUUGCCAUGUUAUUGUUUGGUACUCAGUCAGUCAGUCUCUCUCAAACCUGUAUGAGCUUCUUGGUAAUGACCCUGAAGAGGACUCCGAUCGGGAACCAUCACCACCCACCAGCGCUGUAACCAAGCCCGGCCCUCGAUAUGGGAAGCGUGAAGGCCCUUCCGAACCACCCCGUUCUGCCAACCCGGCUUUAGCGCGUCCUCGUGGAGGACGAGGUGGUCGAUAUGGGAAUGAACAAGCAUUCCGUGACCCUGAAGCCAGUGCGAGAGCAAACCGCAAAAAACCCGUCGAUGCUCCUCUACCAGAUGUCCCAACUGGUGUAGUGAAGAACCGCGAUGCUCGCGGCAACCUCCUCCGUGAAGAUCGCACCAACCGCUCGGACAGAACCGAGACCACUAAGCAAGUCGAGCAAGGCUGGGGGGCCGCCAGCGGUGAAUCCGCCUGGGAAGAUGAACGGGCCGGCGCAGCCACUGCAAAGCGGGAGACCAAAGAAGGGCCCGGCGGCGACGCAGCCGCGAACGACGCUGAGGCCGCCGAAGCCGAAGACAAGGCCAAGUCCUACGCCGAGUACCUAGCCGAGCAGGCCGAGCAGCGCCGCGACGACCUUGGCGUCAAGGAAGCCCGCAAGCCCAACGAGGGCGUCAAGGCGGAUAAGAAAUGGGCGACGGCCAAGGCGUUAAAGCGCGACGAGGACGAGGAGGCCUACAUCAAGGGCAAGGAGGAGAAGGCGCGGCGUGAGAAGGCCAGGAAGGAAAAAGCCUUUGUUGAGGUUGAUAUGCGCUUUGUCGAGCAGCCCCGUGGCAACCGUGGGGGCCGUGGAGGUGGCCGUGGAGGCGCUGGCGGCCGGGGCCGCGGCGGUGCACCCGGUGGUGCUGGCUAUCGCGGCGGCCGUGGUGGUCCCGCUGCUGGCCCCAGCGUCGAUGAGAAAAACUUCCCGGCCCUUGGUGGCAAAUAG